AUGUCGAUUGCAGAGAAAAAGGCAUACUUCAAUAAACUAGUGGCUCUUGGUUUCAAAGAAAUAGAGGUUGCUUUUCCCUCUGCCUCUCAGAUUGAUUUUGACUUCACACGUUUUGCUAUUGAAACAGCUCCUGAUGAUGUCUCAAUUCAAGUUUUGUCACCUUGCAGACCUGAUUUGAUUAAGCGUACGGUAGAGUCGCUUCAUGGAGCCAAGCGUGCCACAGUGCAUCUUUAUUUGGCUACCUCAGAUUGUUUCCGUAAUGUUGUCUUUGGCUUGACCAAGCAACAAUCGUUGGAUCUUGCUGUUGAAUGUACUAAAUUGGUAAGAUCUUUAACCAAAGAUGACCCUGAACAAAAGGGGACCAUAUGGGAUUAUGAAUUUUCCCCAGAAACAUUCUCGGACUCGGAUCCAGAGUACGUUAUCGAAGUAUGUGAAGCUGUCAAGAAAGCAUGGGGACCCACCUCAGAGAAACCUAUAAUUUUCAAUCUUCCAGCAACAGUCGAAAUGGCAACCCCGAACGUCUACGCUGAUCAAAUUGAAUACUUUUCAACUCAUAUCUCCGAGCGUGAGACCGUAUGCAUUUCAUUACAUCCUCACAAUGAUCGUGGUUGCGCAGUUGCAGCAGCUGAAUUAGGACAAAUGGCUGGUGCUGAUAGGGUUGAAGGUUGUCUUUUUGGAAACGGUGAAAGAACCGGAAAUGUCGACUUGGUGACUUUGGCUCUCAACUUGUAUACUCAGGGUAUUUCACCAUUGUUAGACUUUUCUGACAUAAAUUCGGUUGUGGACAUCGUGGAAAGAAGCAAUAAGAUACCUGUGCAUGCCAGAGCUCCUUAUGGUGGCUCUUUAGUUGUUUGUGCAUUCUCUGGUUCGCAUCAAGAUGCUAUUAAGAAGGGAUUCAAAGUUCACAACGACAAAAGGCAAAAAGAGGGUGGAAAAGAUAUUCAUUGGCAAGUGCCUUAUUUGCCUUUGGACCCAGCAGAUAUUGGAAGAACGUAUGAAGCUAUCAUUCGGGUCAAUUCCCAAUCCGGAAAGGGUGGUUCCGCUUGGGUUAUUUUGCGGAACAUGGAGCUUGAUUUACCUAGAGGUUUACAAGUUGCCUUCUCCAAGGUUGUCCAGGAGCAAGCCGAACUCAAGGGACGUGAAUUGUCGAACCAAGAAUUGUGUGAAUUGUUCCAAAGAGAAUACUUUAUCGAAUACGAAGCUGGUAUCAAGAUCGAUCCUUAUUACAAGAUCAUCGAUUACGCGCUCUCUGGAAACAAAGGCGGAGAGAGAACUAUUACUGCAGACCUUGAAAUCGGGAACGAAAAGAAGACAAUUAAAGGCACUGGCAAUGGUCCUAUCUCCGCAUUCACGGACGCUAUCAGUAAGGAUUUAGGUAUUCAAGCCGAGGUCUUGCAUUAUCACGAGCAUUCGCUUGGUGACAAAUCCAAUUCUCAAGCCGCUACUUAUAUUGAAGUCACUCUUGCCGAUGGCUCAACAAGGUGGGGAGUUGGUAUUCACCAGGAUGUUGCCCAAGCCUCACUCUUAUCUCUCUCUUCGAUGUUGAAUGGUUUGAGAAAAUCUCAAUCAAAUUAA